UUUGAAAUUUAUAAAUACUGUCAAAGUCAAAAAAAGAAUUAAGAAUCUGGUGGAAAAAUUAUAUUUGUUUUAAAAUGGGGCAAUCGUUAGAUAUAUAUUAUAGUGGAAUUGAUCGCUAUAGAAAUCCUGACAUUGUCCCAGACCCUUCCAAGGAGCCCUCUUUCGACCCAAAUUUGGGAUUCAACAAGCCAAGAAAAGAAAGGGUGAUGCAUGUAACUGAAGAAGAAAUGAUGUCUGCAAAGAUACCACUAGAAUUUCGUGAUUAUUGUGCCCAUAAAUUGAUCGACUAUCAUGUCUGUAGAAAAAAAAAUUGGCCGUGGGUUGUUAAUUGCCACCAUGAAAAGCACGCAUAUCUGACCUGCGAAUAUGAAGAUUACGUGAUGAGGAUGAAAGAGUAUGAAAGAGAGAGAAGGCUUCGUGUUAAGGCUAAAAAUGGUGAAUUGGAAGUGUAAACAACAUAGUUUAUUAAAUACCAGUAGACACAAGUUUUUAGUUUAUUAAAAUAAAUGAAAUUACAAUAAUUUCGUUACAUCCUUA